UCUUUCUCUCUCUCACUCUGAGCGCGUAAUGGCGGAUGACGGCCUGGAAGACGACUGGCUGCCGUCGGGCAAAAUGAACGACGCCCUCGAGCCGCAGGGCGCCAGGAGCGGGGACGAGGACGAGGAGAACUUCAGCGACUCCGAGGACUUCGUGGACGACAUUUCCGACAGCGAAUUGCUGGGCGACAUAAUUCGAGAUCGGCCAAAGGAGGCCGACGGCAUCGACAAUGUCGUCGUGGUCGACAACGUGCCGCAGGUUGGGCCGGAGCGGCUUGACAAGCUCAGGAACGUCAUCAAGAAGAUCUUUGCGAAAUUCGGCGAGAUCGUCAGCGACUUCUUCCCCGAGGGCGAUGGCAAGACCAAAGGGUAUAUCUUCCUGGAGUACUCUAAGCCAUCAUCUGCCCAGGAGGCCGUCAAGGGUGCCGAUGGAUACAAGCUGGACAAGCAACACACCUUCCGGGUCAACCUCUUCACCGAUUUUGACAAGUACAUGAACAUUUCUGAUGAAUGGGAGCCACCUGAGAAGCAAGAAUUCAAAGACCAUGGCAACAUGAGGUACUGGCUGGAGGAGCCGGACUGCCGGGACCAGUUCAGCGUCAUCUACGACAGCGGCGAGAAGGUGGCCAUCUUCCUGAACGACGUGACGGAGUCGCAGAUCGUCGAGGAGAGAGCGCGGUGGACGGAAACAAUCGUGCGCUGGUCCCCCAAGGGCACCUACCUGGCCACGUUCCACCAGCGCGGCAUCGCCCUGUGGGGCGGCGAGCGCUUCACGCAGAUCCAGCGUUUCUCGCACCAGGGCGUGCAGCUCAUUGACUUCUCUCCGUGCGAGCGGUACAUGGUGUCGUUCAGCCCCGUGAUAGACACGCGCGAGGACCCGCAGGCCAUCAUCGUGUGGGACGUGCUCACGGGCAACAAGCGGCGAGGGUUCCACUGCGAGAGCUCCACCCACUGGCCCAUCUUCAAGUGGAAUCCAGAUGGGAAGUUCUUUGCCAGAAUGACUCAAGAUACACUAAGCGUGUACGAAACCCCGUCAAUGGGGUUGCUCGACAAGAAGAGCAUCAAAAUCACUGGCAUAAGGGAAUUUUCGUGGUCGCCGGCGGACGACGUUCUGGCUUUCUGGGUCCCCGAGGACAAGGACAUCCCCGCGCGCGUCACGCUCAUGGCGAUCCCGUCGCGGCUGGAGAUGCGCGUGCGCAACCUCUUCAACGUGGUCGACUGCAAGCUGCACUGGCAGCGCGCCGGUGACUUCAUGUGCGUCAAGGUGGACCGCACGCCGCGCGGCCUGCAGGGCGCUGUGACGAACUUUGAGAUUUUCCGCAUGCGGGAAAAACAGGUUCCCGUGGACGUAGUGGAACUCAAAGAGGUGAUCGGAGCGUUUGCGUGGGAGCCGAAUGGCAGCAAGUUUGCCGUACUGCACGGAGAGAGCCCUCGCAUCUGCGUCUCCUUCUACAACGUGAAGAACAACGGAAAGAUCGACCUCGUCAAGACGCUGGACAAGCAACAGGCCAACAGCAUUUACUGGAGCCCCCAAGGCCAGUUUGUGGUUCUUGCUGGGCUGCGCAGCAUGAACGGCGCGCUGGCCUUCGUAGACUCGUCGGACUGCACGGUGAUGAACGUGGCGGAGCACUUCAUGGCUUCCGACGUGGAGUGGGACCCGUCGGGGCGUUACAUCAUCACCUCCGUGUCGUGGUGGAGCCACAAGGUCGACAACGCGUACUGGCUGUGGACGUUUCAAGGCCGCCUGCUGCAGAAGAACGGCCUGGAGCGGUUCUGCCAGCUGCUGUGGCGGCCUCGGCCCGCCACCCUCCUGUCCAAAGAGCAGAUUGCGGAAGUCAAAAAGGAAUACAAGAAAUACCACAAGAUGUUUGAGCAGAAGGAUCGCAUGAUGCAGUACAGGGCGUCUAAGGACCUGAUUGAGAAGCGGCGGAAGCUGCUGGAAGACUACCGGACGUACCGCGAGGACGUGGUGAAGGCCUACGAGGACCAGAAGGAACGGCGCAUGGAGCUGCGAGAUGGGGUCGACACAGACCAACUGGACAGCAACAUGGAGGACUGGGAGGAGGAGACGAUUGAAUUCCUCGUCAAGGAGGAGACGAUCUUGCUGGAAGACUGAGCAGGUGAUCGCAAAAGAGCGGUGUUCUUAUUGGAGUGAACACCGAGACUAUUUUGUACCAUCCGCAUAGGACACAUUUACCGGAGGGAGGUUUGGAUUUUAUGCAACAUCAUGGCCUCCUUGCUCACCCCUCGCGAGCCUGUGCCUUUGUUGGAGCGUCUCCCGUCGUCAAACUUUUGCGAUUGUAAAAUAAAGAACGAGGCCAGGAAACCUG